UUCCUGGUCUCUUCAGGAAUGAAAGUCACUGCUGUAUUCAUUGUUUUCAUCUUCUGCUGGACAACCUCCACCCUCAGCAGCUUCUGGCAGUUCCAGAGGAUGGUCAAACACGUCACAGGGCGCAGCGCCUUCUUCUCCUAUUACGGAUACGGCUGCUAUUGUGGGCUUGGGGGCAGAGGGAUCCCUGUGGACGCCACAGACAGGUGUUGCUGGGCUCACGACUGCUGCUACCACAAGCUGAAGGAGCAUGGCUGCCAGCCCAUCUUGAAUGGCUACCAGUUCAAUAUUGUCAACGGGAGUGUGGCCUGUGGAUGUGCCCUGAGUGGCAGCUGCCUCUGCGGGCAGAAGGCCUGUGAGUGUGACAAGCAGUCUGUGUACUGCUUCAGGAAGAACCUGCACAGCUACGAGAAAACCUUCAAGCAGGUCUUCCUCAAUAGGCCCCAGUGUGGCAGACGCAAACUCCGAUGCUAG